UCGUUCAAGUCCUCCUUAGCACUCUCAUCGCCACUGGACUCUCCCCUCUCCCUGCUCAAUUGAGCGCCAAUCCCACCUUCACCAUGCUGUCCAGGACCACUACGCCGUCGGCAGCCUCUGUGAAGGCUUUGUCGCGCGUCGCCCUCCCCGCCGGCUCGCAGUCCCGGACUUUCGCGACUGUCCAAGAGGGUUCGCCGAAACGCACCUAUGGCGGUCUCCGAGACCAGGACCGCAUCUUCCAAAACCUCUACGGCCGCUUUCCUCCCGACCUCAAGUCCGCUAAGAAGAUGGGCGAUUGGCAUAAAACGAAGGAGAUCAUAUUGAAGGGCCACGAUUGGAUCAUUGGUGAGAUCAAGGCCUCCGGUCUAAGAGGCAGAGGUGGAGCUGGCUUUCCCUCCGGCCUCAAAUGGUCGUUCAUGAACUUCAAGGACUGGGACAAGGAUACUAAGCCGAGAUAUCUGGUGGUCAAUGCCGACGAAGGCGAACCGGGAACGUGCAAGGACCGAGAGAUCAUGCGAAAGGACCCCCACAAGCUCAUCGAAGGAUGCCUCGUGGCUGGACGGGCAAUGAACGCCACCGCCGCCUACAUCUAUAUUCGUGGAGAAUUUAUUCACGAAGCCGCCGUCCUCCAACACGCCAUCAACGAGGCCUACGCCGACGGUUUGAUCGGAAAGAACGCCUGCGGUUCAGGUUACGAUUUCGAUGUCUAUAUUCACCGUGGUGCUGGUGCUUACGUCUGUGGCGAGGAAACCUCCCUGAUCGAGUCACUCGAAGGCAAGCCCGGCAAGCCCCGUCUAAAGCCCCCGUUCCCCGCCGCUGUCGGUCUGUUCGGCUGCCCCUCGACUGUAGCCAAUGUCGAAACAGUAGCCGUGGCUCCUACGAUUUGCAGAAGAGGAGGUACCUGGUUUGCUGGCUUCGGCCGAGAGCGAAACCAAGGAACAAAACUCUUUGGUAUUUCUGGUGCCGUUAAUAACCCCUGCACAGUUGAGGAGGAAAUGAGUAUCCCUCUACGAGAACUCAUUGAGAAGCACUGUGGUGGUGUAAAGGGUGGCUGGGACAAUCUUCUCGCCGUCAUUCCCGGUGGAUCAUCGACACCUAUUCUGCCUAAACAUAUUUGCGAUGACCAAAUCAUGGACUUUGACGGACUGAAGGACAACCAAUCUGGUCUGGGUACAGCAGCUGUUAUCGUUCUUGACAAGAGCGCCGAUGUCGUCCGAGCUAUCUCCCGGUUAUCUCACUUCUAUCGUCACGAAUCUUGCGGUCAAUGCACACCCUGCCGUGAAGGCAGCAAGUGGACAGAGCAGAUCAUGAGCCGUUUCGAGAAAGGCCAAGGCCGUGAAAGAGAAAUUGACAUGCUCCAAGAGCUUACAAAGCAAGUCGAAGGCCACACUAUCUGCGCUCUCGGCGAGGCCUUUGCAUGGCCUAUCCAAGGUCUGAUCCGACACUUCAGACCCGAGUUAGAGGCAAGAAUGCAGAAAUUUGCCGCCGAGAACGGUGGCGAGGCCUAUGCCGGUGGUUGGAAGCGUAGUGCGCGUGAAGAAGGCAGACUGAUCGCUCCUGGCCAAUAGACAAUUACAUAUCAACUAGAUAACAAAACGCCUGGCGUAGACUUGGGGGCUUUAGAAGGGGUACUACGCCUUGUACACUUUGCCUAAGUUAACCGCCACUAUAUAUAUAUAUAUAUAUAUCCACCGAGCAUUAUUCAAACAAGCAAGUUACUAAUUAUUCACCUUUCGAUCAAUUAAUUGUGUGACUAUAUCGGACUUGGGCAGUAGGCCAACGCCAACAGAACAUCUUAAUACAUAGGUUAAUAGGUAGAUAUAAUAAACGGAAUAGAAAACGG